AUGUUCGGUCUAGUGGUUUUGAUUGGAGUUGUUGCCUAUUGGUAGGGUGUUAGAUCCGUUUGUUGUUUGAUCUUGCAUACUUGAAUGGAUGAAUAUACGACCUAGAUUUAUGAUUGUGUGUAUGUAUGUUCUAGAUUGGUAAUUUAUAUCUUUGUAGGCCUAAUUUCUCUUGAUUAGAUUGAAUUGUGGAAUCGCGUUGUAAAUUAGAGUGUUAAGCGGGAUGUGUCGAUCACUUGUCGGAUUGACGCAGCACGAGGGAGUUGUCUUCUAAAAUUCUGUGAGGUUGGAAUACACGAGAACUCCCUUAGAAUGGCAGAUAAUGAUGGAGAAGAGAAUAACUCUCGUGGAAAUGGAUGGGAAGUUGUUUCACUCACUGCGUCGGCAUAUGAAGCUGCUCCUAAUGUGAAGGAAAGCGAAUCGACUGAUGAAAAUAAAAGCAAUUUGUACGAAGCAGAAACUUCCCAUGCUUUGUUUAUGUCUAGGCACUUCGUAUUUCCACCGAAUCAGCACGAGAAUUUGCCAUUGGAACCUGAUAAGAGUGAGAUUCACGAUGAUCAAGGAGGGAAGGAGAAUGUGGACUCUGAUUCUACUGCUGUAGAUGGCGGAAAAUCAAGUAGAAAGAAUGAAGAUGUCUUGAAUAUAGAAAGGUUGGGUGAGACAGAUGAGUUUUCAGGGAUUGACAAAACUACGGAGAAAGGCGGCAAGCUGUCUUUUCAUGGUGAUGAAUUUAGUGAAAAUACAACGCUACCAGAUUUGAAUCUGGUUGACAAGGAGCAGGAUCCCUUUGAUGCUCCUACCUAUAGUUCCUUUCAUGGUGAAACCAAUCUCAGUUCAAUGACAAAUGAUGAAAUCCCUCCAUUGGAAUCUAACGAUCAAGUCUCGAAUCCAGAAAGCUUGGAAACUCAUACACUUGAUAGUAAAAGCAACAAGUCCAAUCUUCCUUGUGGCGCUUGGUGGAAGAGAAGAGCUGUUAAUUUAUACUCUCAUGCAAAAGAAGCGAAUGCAUUUUGGUCCAUUUUCGUUGCAGCAGCUGUUAUGGGACUUGUAAUACUUGGGCAGCGCUGGCAGCAGGAAAGUUGGCGGACUCUGCAACUGAAAGGGCACAUUAGUGUGAACGAUCAGAAGACAAUCCGAGUGCUAGGACCAAUAACUCGACUUAAAGACGUGAUCGUGGGUGGCCAACGCCGUGGUUCGUCCAUCAAGUUUAGCCCCAGUGAGUUAUAAGAUGAUGAUGGCAAGUGUAGAAAAGGAAGAACAGAAUGAAAGGAAGAGGUUCGAUUGCCCAAGUGUGUACGACCGCUUUCAAAAUUUACACAAGUGCUUUGGGGAACAUGUUCGAAGUUUGAUUGUUUAAAUCAUAUUUCUAUCUUGGUGGUAUAGUACCAUAUUGCAUUGUACAUUAGCUUAAUCCAUUAUUGGGUGAAAUGUAAGUUACAAAGCUCAUACCUAUAUCCCUCGCCCUAGGGGUUCAUUUUAUUUCGACUCUGUCAAGAACGACCCUUCAUAUCAGAUUGAAGC